UCUCCCGUUUCUUCCAACAUCUCCCCGAGUUCAGACCAGCGCCGGGAAAGCGGAGACGGCGUGGAACCCAGCGAUGCAAUUGCAUCGGUUUACUCCAUGUUACAAUAUUCACGACGCAAUGGCAUUGGUUUACGCAAUGACAUCGAAUUUCAUUAAUGAUAUGUAUCUAUUUUACGCUAUAGCGUUGGUCAAAAAUGAGUAUUUAUAUAUAACCUCUAUUUACUAUAUCGUCAAACUUCAACCCCUACAAACCUAGCCGGAGAAUGGAAUCGGUUUACUCCACCCUAACCUACUGGCUCGUGAACCACCCCAACAUUGCCAAUUUUACGUGGACUGAAGGUGAAACCCUUGGCUCCACCGUCUUUUUCGUCUCCGGUGUAGUCACGGCUUAUCUAUCCGCCACAUUCCUCCUCCGACAUGUCAUGGUUUCACUCCCCUCACUCGGUCCACGAAUUCUCAAACCCAUCACAGCCGUCCACAGCCUCAUCUUGUGCCUCCUCUCCCUAACCAUGGCCGUUGGUUGCACUCUCUCCCUAGCCUCGUCUUCUGACAUUGUACCAUCACACCCGACAGCUCGUUUCUUCCGGGCGAUUUGUCUCCCUAUGGACGUGAAGCCUAGCGGACCGCUCUUCUUUUGGGCUCAAGUCUUCUACCUCUCGAAGAUCCUCGAGUUUGGAGACACACUCCUCAUCAUACUUGGCAAAUCAUUCCAGCGCCUCUCGUUCCUCCAUGUGUAUCACCACGCGGUGGUUGUGAUCAUGUGCUUCCUCUGGCUCCGAACCCAACAAUCUAUGUUUCCGUUCGGGCUUGUGGCGAAUUCGACAGUCCAUGUCAUCAUGUAUGGUUACUACUUCCUCUGCGCCGUAGGAAUGAGGCCUAAGUGGAAGAGGCUGGUGACGGAUUGUCAGGUCUUGCAGUUUCUUUUGUCCUUUGCAUUUGGCGGUUGGAUGUUCCAAGAGCAUGUUUUCGGGUCGGGCUGCUCCGGUUUUUGGGCUUGUGCUUUCAACGGUGUGUUUAAUGCUUCUCUUUUGGCUCUCUUCUUCAACUUCCGUUCCAAGAAUUAUGCGAAUAAGACAAGACUGGAUACGUGGGCAGAAAUGGUUAAAGAUGUGGGUAAAAAAGCGAUUAGAUCCAAAAAGACUGAUUAAAUCAUUUUGAAUGGUUAAAUAUCGGUCUCUUGAUGUGUUGUUACUCGAAAUUGAUGUUGGGGUAGCUCGAAAUUGUUUUAUUCUGAAUAAGAUGACAAGAUAUAAAAAUGUCACAUAAAUCAUGUAAUGGCUUCAUUGUCUGGUUCUUAGAUUGCAUAUCUUAGGUUGGGUCAUCUUUCGAAUCCAUACCCAAACCCUAUCCGAAAAACCCGAACAG